GAUUGUUAUUCAGUCAGGAAAGUGUGUGGAGUGUGUGAUGAACCGGAUCAACGAUUGUCUGUGUUAAAACGAGUGAAAUAUAACAUUAACAAAGGCGUAGAUUUAUUGUUGGUGAGUGAACUCAUUCGGUAAAUAAUCAGCAAUAUAUAGGCGCCCAAUAUAUACAGUCGAACAAUAAUAGUCUACAUAAAAACAAUUGUCGAUGAACAUCCUGAAGGAGCCGAGACUGUUCUAGACGUAUAUGAAGUUAGAACAACAGGCUCGCUGCUGUUGUGUGUCAAAAAGUUUGCUUUCAUUUUCUGGUAGACUAGCUUGUUGUAUCAUCAUUUUAGAAUUUAUCAAUCACAAAGCAUGGCGUCGUACGGAACACAGUCGCACAAUAUCGAUAUACAGAAUGUCAGCCAGAAAGGAGACACAAACUACAAAGACACAAUAGAAGAUUCUGUAAAGCCCAACUCGCUUUCUAAUUUGUACCGUAAGGAUUCGGAUUCUCAGCUAUCAAAUAUGGAAGAGGCGUACAAGUCAUUGAUUUCCAGUAUAGGUGAAGACCCCAGUCGACAAGGCCUCAAGAAAACACCGGAAAGAGCAGCCAAAGCGCUUCUAUUUUUUACCAAAGGAUAUGAAGAGAAGAUAGAAGACCUUUUAAACAAUGCUUUAUUUGAUGAAGAUCAUGAUGAAAUUGUCGUCGUCAAAGAUAUAGAAUUUUUUUCAAUGUGUGAACACCAUCUAGUGCCAUUUGUCGGAAAGGUGUCUAUAGGUUACUUACCAAAUAAACGUGUUAUAGGAUUAAGCAAAAUAGCUAGAAUUGUGGAAAUGUACAGUAGGCGAUUACAAGUUCAGGAAAGAUUGACAAAGCAGAUAGCUACUGCCUUGACAGAAGCUGUAGCACCAAAUGGAGUGGGUGUAAUGAUAGAAGCAACGCACAUGUGUAUGGUGAUGCGUGGAGUUCAGAAAUUGAACAGUCGAACAGUUACAAGUUGCAUGUUGGGGUACUUCCGUGAGGACCCAAAAACACGAGAAGAGUUCUUGGCUCUUAUAAAGUAGGAUUAUCUUUUUAGGUGGUUGACAAUAUUGUAGUAUAUAUUAGGGAAAUACAAUAAUACUAAAGUGCCAACAUCAAAGCAUUCAAUUCUGAGCAGAAACUUUACCAUAAUUUUCCUGCAAAAUAGAUGUUCCAAAUGUGUGUUCAUGGUUUCCUAAGCAGGAUUCUGUAGUGUUUGAUAAAACCAAAUUUUCAUUUUUAGGCACAAAUAAAUUUUAUAAUUUGACUUGUGAUGACAUUUGUUAAUAUGCACAUUGCAGCAGAGACAGGAUCCUGCUUGAGCCAAUCGCGGUAGCUGCCAUUUUGUAAGUGAAAGCAUGUAAAUGAUUCUUGGUUGCUUAUCUAGUUAUCACUAUAGUAUUCUUGUUCAAUCUUAUAAUAACUCUAUGAGUUAAUAUUUUAAAAUUCAUGCACAGAAAUAUAUUUUAUCUAAAUUUAAAUAUUUUAUGAUACCCAUGGUUUAUAUAUAUUAUAUGUGUGUAUAUUGUAAUAUAUAUAUCAAUGAUGAUUUGACUGGCUUUAACAUAGUAAUAACUUGCUAAGAAUUUACAAUUGCAUUCAGGGUAGUAAAAGUUUCAUUUUAUAAUAUCUACUAUGACAUCAGAAAUGUUUUACUUUAUAAGCAUUCCAAAUCAUAAGUUACGUAGAUAACUAGGCCACUCUAGAUCUUAUCUGUUUGAAUUGUAGUACAUGUUAUUUGUGCAUUUUAUCACAAUUCUUGAUCUUGGGAUGUAGGAGGGGGUGUUGGUGCUGGAUAACCUCCUCCAUUCCCUGUCCAUUCCAUUAAUCAGUAAAUAUAGUGCAAAAAUCGUUUUUUUUUUUUUAAUUCAUUAUUUAGCAAAGUGUACUGCUUUAUUAUUUGGUGUAUAGUACUGUAUUUGUCCAAUAAAAUAUUACUGUAUAUUUAUAUUGCCUUUGGUUUUGUAAGUGUUAAAGAUGUAUUGACAAUUUAUAUUAUACAAUUAUUAUGGAGCAAUAUGGUCAUUUAGUUAUGAAUAUUUGCAUUUUAUAAAAAGAGGGUGUUUUGUUAUUAAUUUAUUUAUAUGGUUUUAUGGUUUUAUGAUGGUUUAUUUCUAUUACAACAUGUGUUGAAUUAAGUGCAAGUAUUUUAUUUCUUUUAUUCAUUAAUCUGUAUGUAUCUAAUAUUAAUAAAUAUCAAAAAUUAUGAAUAUAGUACUCACAUAUUUUUUAACAAUAAAUGAUUUUUAAAAUUUACUUUAAAAAAAAUAUAAAUGAAAAGCAUAAAAUUUGUCAUUGAAUGGCAUUAUGUAGCAUAGCAGUCAUAACUUCAACAUAGGGCCCAUUAUAGUUGCAAAAUCGUCAAUAUUCAAUUGUAGGUCCACCUUCCAAACAAAAUUCAGUGGUCCCAAAUUUACUUUUUUAUAUUUUCUUGUCAAUCAAAAGCAUAAAAUAAAAUGUUAUAUGUUUGCAUUAUAAUCAUGCUUGUAGAGGAAAAUAAACACUUUUGUAAUUUAGGCCUGCCUAUUUCAAUUAUAGGACCAAUAAUACCUAAAAUAUAAUUUUGUCUUUGAUAAUUAUGAUUUAUAUCCCAUUUGUUCUUGUUUUCUAUUUUCUCUUUUAAUUACAAUGUUACCAGCAUGCAUUUUAUCGGAAAACUAACAGUGAAAAACGGCCAUUUUUAUUUUUGGAUCGGGAAUAAUUUCAAGUUUCGAUCCAAUUCAAUGUUUAGUAAGUAAAUCUACCUCAGAUUCACAAAUUCUAUCUGAUAAUAUAAAAAAAAAAAACUAUUAUUUUUAUGCUGUAACAGUGAAUUAUAUUUUAAGUAGGUAAUGUUUAAUGUUUAAUGUUUUUAUUGUGUAGAAAUUUAUAAAGUAUGAAAGAUGUAUUGCCUGUCACAAGCUAAAACAAUAAAAAACAAUAAAUUCCAUAUUUGAAUUGCCUAAUUUGCAUAUUUAGGUAAGUUAUUGACUUACAAUUAAAAAUUUGAAUGAGGAAAAAAAGUCCCCUGUCGAUUUACAAACAUUUUAGAAAUACCUUGAGAACUAUAAUUGUUUUCCCAAACACCUGGAAAAUAAUGCUGUAUAAAUACGAACUUCUUCAUAAGCAAAGACUCUACUUUGCCUGGCCAAUAAGAUAGACCUACGUCACAAUGAUUAUGUGUAUACAUUCUUGUGUGGGUCCGGUAGGGAAAGAAAGGUGACCAUGUUUGCGUAGACAAAAAAUAUAAGCAUCUCAAUUUUCAAUCCCCUUUCUAUAAAACAGAACGUGAGAAACAUUAUUUUUAUUUGGGCUUAUGUAUCAUGUACAUAAUGUUUAUUUAAGAAUUUUAAUUUUCUUUGGGUAAUUUUAUUCUAGGAGUGCUACAGGCAAAAUUGGGUAAAUAAAAAUUGUUAUUAAAAAUGUUUAUGAGAUUGAAA